CAGUCGCACUUAAGUGUCUUUUUAUUGAAAUAAUAAAAUAAACAUGUCGCUAACGAAUUAUUAUUCCAUGAUGGGGAUCCAGACUGAGGAGCCUUACGGUGCACAUUUCAUCCCGGGAGGCUUGCAGGGUUCGACGGCCGGCUGCGCAAAGCCAGUCCGGAGAGCGGAGGAUGAGGAGGGGAUCCCCGGCUCACACGUUCCAGAUUUUUCACAUUUUUCCAACAAACAAACGAGCUUAAACGGCUUUUCUCCCUGGGCAAACAACUCUACUUCAUCUUCGCCCUCUUCUCCGCAGCUGCAGUCCACCCCCGGUCUUUUUCACCCACAUCACCUCCUGAGCCACCACCACCCAUACUACGACCCGCAGACGCAGACCCACACCGAACACCUCGCAUCCGCGGCCGCUUCCGAGAGCAGGUUCGUCCGCUGUUGGGAGGGGGCGACUCCCACCUCGGAGACUUCUGUGUCACAUGCGUCGGUCGGUUUUCCCGUGUGUGUCCCCGCUCAGGGUGACCUUUCCAAUCUGAGCCCGAGGUACGAGGCGGUUAAACCUGAGAGUUCACCGCCGUCACACGACAUCCCCAAAGAUUCCAGCUUCGCUAGCCCGACUGAGGUCGUCCUGGAGCGGCUUGGCACGGCGAAGGAGCUGGGAAGGAAACCGGAGCCCAAAAAGGUGGACGAGGAGAGAAAAACAAAGCAACAGCUUGACCCGGAAAAUCCAGCAGCUAGUUGGAUCUAUGCCAAGUCCACCCGGAAGAAAAGGUGUCCAUACACCAAACACCAGACCCUGGAGCUGGAGAAGGAGUUUCUCUACAACAUGUACCUGACCAGGGACCGGCGCCUGGAGGUGGCAGGACUCUUAAAUCUGACAGAGAGACAGGUCAAAAUCUGGUUCCAGAACAGACGGAUGAAGAUGAAGAAGCUGAUGAUCCGGGAGAGGAGGAGUGUGAAUGAAUGA